AUGAAUCUUCUGUCCUUACCCAACGAGAUCCUGCUAGAGAUAGCGAAGCAUCUCCAGAAUCAAGCUUGGCUUAACACGUUCACCCGCACCAACCGAUUUAUCUUCGGCGUCGUAAACCCAUAUAUGCACCGCUACAACGCAGACUACCAGCAACACACCGCUCUUGCCUUUGGUGCUUGCCGUGGACUUGAAAAUGUCGUCAGACGAGCACUGGCUGCAAAGCCAGGCGACAUCAACGCAAAAAUCGGCUCGACCGUACCGAUCAGCGAGGAACCGUCCCACACUCCCCUUUGCUACGCACUAAGAUAUGAACAAAUGCGAGUGAUCGAGCUUCUACUCGACGAGUAUGGUGCCGAUAUUGAACAGCACUGUUGCAAAUCAAUGACGCCGCUGACCUGGGUUGCACGUCUGGGAAUGCCGGAACUGACCAAACUACUAGUUAGCAAAGGUGCGAACAUCCAUGCGGAGGACGGAGUUGGGCACAUACCAAUUCUUCAUGCUGCUUUGUCGGGUAAUGUGGAAUGUAUGGCGUUUCUUAUCCAAGAAGGCGCUGAUGUUUAUCAGACCGCACCUGGUGCCGCCCCAGGCGAAGCAUGGUCCUGCCUUCAUUUCAUGGUAAUACGGGGGAAAAUGGAGGGAGUCAAGCUCCUAGUGGAACACGGGGUCGAUAUAGACAUGGUGUGGGUUCGAGGAAUGACGCCCGUGAGAAUAGCUCUGGAAUUUGGCCACUUUGACAUCGCCUCGUACUUGCUUGAGCACGGGGCUAAAGUUCCAGAAGAUCAAGACUUCUUCGUUUCCUGCGCCACCCGAGGGUACGUCAAGGGCCUUAGAUUGGCCUUGGAUAAGGUUGUUUCAAUAGACGACGAAGACUCGGAGGGCUAUACAGCCCUCUUCGAAGCUGUGGCACACGGACAUGUCGAGGCUGUCCGUGUGUUGUUGGAUCGAGGCGCCAGUGUUAUCAUCGACAACGAGGGCUCUGCUAUACCUAUGGCCGCCGCACAUGGCCACCGUCGAGUUUUGGAGAUGCUUCUGGAUCACGUUGAUCAAUCUGGCUGCGACCGGACGAUGAGCCAUGAAAAUGCAUUUCAGCUUGCGAUGCGGCACAGAAACUGGGACUGCGCCAAGGAACUCUUAAACAAAGGUGCGGAAACGAACUCCAAGAUCGAUGAUGAAUUGCCCAUAUCAUACGCGGCAAGGCUCGGUGAGGAAGAAAUAGUGAGAGUUAUCCUCACAAAAGGCCCUGACCAAAUACGGCCUGGCGACGAUCCCACUCUGCUGUUUUGGGUCGUCAAGAACUUGAGCAUCGACUUGCUCAGGCAACUCCUCGAGCUUGGUCUUGACCCCAAUGCAUACUCGGAAGCCCUCCAGCAGGGUCUCCCGUCCAUUCGGAAUCGUUCGCGGAAAGGCUGGUUGCUGCCUCCUCUGGCAUGCGCAAUGAGCCUGCAUUUUUACGACAAGGCGGAGCUUCUCAUAGACCAUGGAGCCGAUCCACGACCCUUCCAGCGAGGACGGCAACACGUUACUUUGGUCAACGUUACUCGGUCGAUCAAGUACACUUUCAUCGCCAAGAUGCUUGAUCGGGGCUUUAAUGUGAAUGAGAAGAGUGAUGCUGGCGAGACGCCUCUCUCAGUGGCUGUGACCGCUGGCAACGCGGAAGUCGCCGAGCUUCUCCUCUGUCACGGGGCAGAACCCAAUAUACGCAUAGGGUCCUUUCCGUCUGUUCUAUCAUUGGCCAUCGCAAAGGGACAUGUUGAAGUAGCCGACGUUCUUCGGAAGCACGGUGCGAAGGAAACGUGCGAGGAUAUGGAUGUUGAUGACGAGGACUAUCUGGCCGGUGUGGUCGAAUUGCUGUCGUCUGCGUGA